UGAGCGCGAGAAAGUCCUCCCAGAAAAACAGCCUGUUUGGAAAAGUGCUUGAGAACAUCCAGAAGUGAUUGGAGGAGCGGAAAACCCUUCCCCCCUGCACCUGACUAGUGGGUAUUUACAGCACUUUUCAAGGCGCCUCUACACUGCCACUACACAACCCCGGUGCAUGGACGGCGCGGCGCAGACAAUGCUAUAGGGACCGAUGUGCUGGCAGUGAUAGUGUGUGCUGCACGCGAGCCGGGCACCGUUACGCUGAACCACAGGGAGCUUCUGGGAGAAGGAGAAAGCCUGCAUUCAAAAUGCCACGCUCCUUCCUGGUCAAGAAACAUUUCAAUGCCUCUAAGAAGCCAAAUUACAGCGAGCUGGACACUCAUACAGUGAUUAUAUCCCCAUACCUGUAUGAAAGCUAUCCAGUCCCUAUCAUACCACAGCCAGAGAUCCUGAGCUCAGUAGCUUACAACCCCAUUACUGUGUGGACUACAACCGGGCUGCUACCAUCUCCACUACCGAAUGACCUCUCUCCGCUUUCUGGAUAUCCCUCAUCUUUGGGAAGAGUCAGCCCACCUCCACCUUCUGACACCUCCUCCAAAGAUCACAGUGGUUCAGAAAGUCCCAUUAGCGAUGAAGAAGAGAGAAUUCAGUCCAAGCUUUCAGAUCCCCAUGCAAUCGAGGCUGAAAAGUUUCAGUGCAGUUUAUGCAACAAGACCUAUUCAACUUUCUCCGGGUUGGCCAAACAUAAGCAGCUGCACUGCGAUGCCCAGUCUAGGAAAUCAUUCAGCUGCAAGUACUGUGACAAGGAGUAUGUCAGCCUGGGAGCACUUAAGAUGCACAUCAGGACCCACACACUACCUUGUGUCUGCAAGAUCUGCGGCAAGGCUUUCUCUAGACCCUGGCUGCUCCAAGGACACAUUAGAACUCACACUGGGGAGAAGCCGUUUUCCUGUCCUCACUGCAACAGGGCUUUUGCAGACAGAUCCAAUCUGAGGGCUCAUCUGCAGACCCACUCGGAUGUGAAGAAAUACCAGUGCAAAAAUUGCUCCAAAACUUUCUCCAGAAUGUCUCUUCUGCACAAACAUGAGGAAUCUGGCUGCUGUGUAGCACACUGAGUCAUGCAGUCAAUGUUUACCUGGACUCAAUGCAUUUCUCCACUCCUGUUCCAAAUGAUAAGUGGAAAUCCAGAGGCAUUUUCUCUUCUACUUUUCAACCAAAAAAACAAACAAAAUAGUGGAAGAGCUUACAAUGUCAGUAGAAAUGAGCAUAAGCAUUUCUGUUCAGUCACUUAAGUGUGAAUUUUGAAAUAUGGGGAAAGACACCGUGCAUGACAUUUCAAGUAGAUGCUAAGGAAGAAACAUUAUCAACUUUCUUUAUAGAUGAAGCCAAAUGCAUGUAGUCUAUUCUUGCUAAGAAAAGGCUGCAAAGUUAACAAUACAUUCCUGCCAAGCCAUUUCAACCAAAGAAACAGUAUUUGAAAUCGAACUUUUAAAAAAAUUACUACCCAAGUGAAUUUUGCUAGACACCAUUUAUCUCAGGUGCCUUAAAAAGUAUUCCAAGUUUACCUUAGUAAAUGUUUAAUAUUAUUCAUUGCUGUGUUUUUUAUUUUAUUUUAUUAAAAGCCAAGUCCUACAUUAAUGAUCUGAAAUGCUUUAAAACUGCAUAAUUAAGAGAGGAAAAAGGAAACAUGUAAGAGAAUGUAUGAAAAAUUGACAGCCACGAACUAACCGCAUGUGCCUUUUUUUAAAAAAAAAAACAAGACUGUAGCUUCAAACAUUCCUGGUGCAUGCUUGACCAUCUUUUAAUAUGAAAUAGAUCCUCUAAACUUUAAUUUUUUUUAAAAAACGGGAAUAAGUGCAAGAGAGGGGGUUCAUGGGAGUCUGAAUUAUUUUUUUAAUGCACAAAGGAAAUGCAAUAUGUUCAGCAUUACCCCUCCAAGUGCCUUUUUUAUUGAUGAUUUUGUAAAGUAUGUGGACAUAAUGUAAAUAUUUUUAUUUUUAUAUGAUUGAAUGUGUUAUGAAUGAAAGUGAAUUGUUGCCUAUAGCAGUGUCUAUAGAUAACUUGAAGAAAGCGUGAAGUGAAAUUUAUGUUGUUUUCUAGCCACUUUUUUACAAUAAACAUUUUUAAGUAAGA